AUGCCUCUCAAAAAGUCGUACUCGGAGCAUGUUGGACUCGGGCCAAAGAAUCGCUCGUGGCAGCGAUCCAAAAGCAACCCCGUCAACGCCCAAACCGCACCGCGACCUCUCGCUCCAGUAUCCAACAAGACGAAGAACAAGUUAAAUCAAUUCCAAUUCCAAUCGGCAGACAAAGUAUCUGAGGACCAGAUCACCGACGCCACUCGCGAUGACAUCGCCGUCACCCCGUCGACCAAGUUGAGCUGGCAAGAUUUCAUGGAGUCAAACGUGCCCAAAGAAGUCACACAACCCUCGCCAAGCGAACGACUUCUCUGGAACAACGAAAGGAACACCGGCUACCCCUCUCUCUCACCAAUGAUGCCUAGGAAAGGCCGCAAACGAGCCAGGAGUUCCUCGCCUGUAUCAUCACCCUCGCAUGAACAACCCGCUUCUCCAGCAGUCAACAUUAAGAAGCUGAGCGAAGCACUCAAGUCGCCCCAUGCAGACCCAACCCUGGAGUUGUGGGAUCGAUUUUCCCUCAGCAGCAAUGGCAAUGGCAAUGUCACUCCCUUGGGCAUCACUAACCCUACCCUGGCUCACCUCAUGUUCUCUUCAUCCCCGCGGAAUCCCAACACGGCCGCUGCCACUGCCCCUGCUGGCGAUGCCAGUCUGCGGAGAGCGAUAAGCUGUGGCCUCAACUGGCCCAAGAGGCGGAGGGUAGACCGUUCAGAUGCACCACCGUCCUUGACUAGAACAUUAACCCGGGAAACAACUGACAGUUCCAAGAACUCCCUGGUCACCGCGCUGCUCGACACAGUCACCGGGAGCAUGCAAGAUGGAAGCCCACCGGAGAUAUCAGACCAAUCGCCGGAUCACGGCAUGGAGACGCCGUCUCCCACGAAAAGAAGGGCGGAUACCAUGAGACCACCACCAGUGUCACCCACACCGAGGCCAUCUCGGGUACCAAAGCUACCUCCUCCGGAAAAGAACCCCAGCCUGGGCGUGGCGAAAGACUUGGGAUUAGACAAGCCGGUGACUGCAGUCGCGGCAGAAUCUGACUAUGGCGACGAUGACUUUGACGAGUUCGACGACGAUACCUUCUUGGAGCUCGAGGCCGGCAUGAGUCUUUCCAACCCUCAGCAAGAAGCGGGACAAACUACGCCGGCUGCUCAACUCAACCAAGCAAUCAACCAAGUCCCUAUCGUGCCAGAUGACGAAUUCGAUGACGUGGACGAAGACAUUUUCGAAGCUGCCGAGGGCAUCAUGGAGAGCGCAGAAAUCAACGCCGCACCGCACGCUGCGCCAUCGAAACCUCUGAGAGCAGCCAAGGCUAUGCCUGACACUGUGGAUAACGACCCUGAUGACGUCUUUGGCGAUGAUUUCGGCGGAGACUUCGAUUUCGACGCGGCAGAACUCGCCGCAACUCAGUCCGCUCAGCAGCCCAACGCCACUUCCACAACUGCUACAAGCCAAAAGCCCAAAGCUAUUCAGCGAUAUCUUGUGACCAAUGUCCUAGACAACGUAUACACGGAUGAGCGUGAUCGAUCUAUGACGGAAAAGAUAUUGAUUGUCCAAGCUGAGAACACAAAGACCAUGAAGACAAUCCACCUACGGGGCGAUUGGUACGAAACACCAGCUCACGCCAAAGCAUACGUACAUGUCAUUGGUACAUUCUCACCCAAUGGCCAGUGCAUCAUUGACGACUCUCAAAACAUCUUGGUCUUGCAUCCUGACCAACUGGUUUCCGCAACAGUCGUUGCAGAUUCUUUCAGUUGCAUGAGAAGAGCAGUCCUUCAAGACCGUGUGAAAGCAACUAGUGAAGCUACUGCUCCUCUGGUCUAUGGCACUAUGCUCCACGAAAUAUUCCAAGAAGCUCUUAUGGCGAACCAGUGGGAUCUCAAAUACCUCAGCACAGUUAUCGACAGAGUUAUUGAAAAACACGUCGAAGAUCUCUACAAGAUCAAGGUCGGCACAGCCAUCGCCAGGGAGCAUCUUCAGUCCAAAAUGACGGAGCUGAGCUGCUGGGCAACAGCCUUCGUUUCCUCGCAGCCAAAGCUUGAUGCUAUUGUGCAGGAUCGCAAUGGUAAAAAAGCCAACAUGUGUGUCAGCAAGUUGCUCGAUGUUGAAGAGCAUGUGUGGUCGCCUAUGUACGGACUCAAGGGGAACAUCGACGCAACUGUCCAAGUCACCAUGAAAGACGGCAAAGACCUUAAGACCCUGACCGUUCCAUUCGAAGUCAAGACGGGCAAGCACGCCAACGCCAACCACAUGGCCCAGACAGCUUUGUAUAACCUGUUGCUUUCCGACCGGUACGACCUCGAAAUCGUUUAUGGUAUCCUUUAUUACAUGGAGACAUCUCAGACGAUGCGUAUCCCUACUAUUCGGCAUGAGUUACGUCACAUGAUCAUGCAAAGGAACCAGUUGGCAUGCUACAUCAGAGAGCGCAGUGUCCAGCUGCCCCCGAUGAAAAGGAGCAAAAACCUGUGUGGUAGAUGUUAUGCCAAAGUGCCUUGCUUUAUCUACCACAAACUCGCCGAUGAUGGCGACGGGGAGACGAGCGGGAUGGAUGCGCAGUUUGACGAAGUGGUGAAACAUCUUAGCCCCAAACAUCAAGAGUUUUUUCUGAAAUGGGAGAACCUCUUGACGAAGGAGGAGAAGGAAACACAGAAGCUGAAGCGGGAGUUGUGGACGAUGGUCAGCAAGGACCGAGAGAAGGUGGGAAGAUGUUUCUCGGAUGUCAUCAUUGAAGAAGGCUCAACGUCUGAGGACUUGGGAUCUUCAAAGAUCAACCGUUUUGACUAUACUUUCAUCAAGCGAGUUGCAAGUCCUGGUCAUUCAUUCUUGGAGUCGCAGUUGGGCGUCGGUGAACCCGUCGUCGUUUCCGACGAACAGGGCCACUUCGCCCUCGCUCUUGGCUACGUCACUUCUGUCCGCAAGCAGAGAAUCAGCGUGGCCGUCGACAGGCGCUUGCACAAUGCGCGAAUUCGACAACCGGGUUUCAACGAGUCGGACAACCAAGUCUUCGCCAGCAUCAUGGAAGUUGCCCCAGAGGGCUCUACUCAAGAUCAAUCUCAUGGCAAAAUCAAGGAGGCACCAAUUUGCUACCGACUGGACAAAGACGAAUUCAGCAACGGCAUGGCUACUGUCCGGAACAACCUUGUGCAAACCAUGGCUGAAGGGGUGUUCGGCUCUCGAGAAAUUCGUCGUCUUGUCGUCGAUCUGGUCCCCCCAAGAUUCAAAACGGCGCCGACACAGUACACACUGGCAGACCGAGAGUCCCUCAACGUGGAUCAGCACAGAGCCAUCGAAAAGGUCAUGAGUGCAGAAGACUACGCGUUGGUGCUCGGUAUGCCUGGUACAGGAAAAACGACCACGAUCGCACACAUCAUCCGAGCCCUCACAUCCCAGGGCAAGAGUGUGCUACUGACGUCGUACACCCACACCGCUGUCGACAAUAUUUUGCUCAAGCUGAAGGACGAUAAGACGCCGAUUCUUCGUCUCGGUGCACCCGCCAAGGUUCAUCCUGAAGUACAGCAGUUCGCGAUCCUAGCUGGCCAACCUAUGAAUUCUUUCGAUGAGAUCAAGGCAGCCUGGCACGAUACGCCAAUAGUUGCGACAACUUGUCUCGGUGUUGGGCAUGCGUUGUUCAAUGAGCGCACGUUUGACUACUGCAUUGUCGACGAAGCAUCUCAGAUCACCCUUCCGAUUUGCCUUGGGCCGAUUCGUAUGGCCCGAACUUUCGUUCUCGUAGGAGAUCACAACCAACUCCCACCCCUUGUUCAGAAUGAAGAGGCUCGAGAAGGCGGUCUCGACGUGAGCUUAUUCAAGUUGCUUUCGGACACACAUCCGGAAUCGGUCGUCAACCUUGAACACCAGUACCGCAUGUGCGAAGACAUCAUGACGCUCAGCAACACUUUGAUAUACAAAGGCCGGCUCAGGUGUGGUACUGAGCAGCUGCGGUCCAAGAAACUCGACGUGCCUAACAUGAACGCGCUGAAGCAGUUGCAUUAUGAUUCGACAACAAUCCUUCAGCCGGGCACGCCGAGGUCAUUCUGCACAUCAAUGGCGCAUAACAACUGCUGGCUCCGUGAUCUCCUCGACAGCGAAGCUCGUGUCAGGUUUGUCAACACCGACACCUUGCAGCCCCUCACUCGAGAGGAGGCGAAGGGAAACCGCAUUGUCAACCCAGCAGAGGCACGAAUUGUAACCCAGCUUGUUGAGGGUCUCAUCACGGUUGGCGUACCCGACGGAGAGAUCGGUGUUAUGACCCACUACCGCUCCCAGCUGUCAUUGUUGAAGCAUGGCCUUCGGGGUCGUGUUGGCGUGGAGAUGCACACUGCUGAUCGAUUCCAAGGGCGGGACAAAGACGUCGUCAUCCUGUCGUUGGUUCGCAGCAACGAGGCUUGCAGCAUUGGCGAUCUGUUGAAGGACUGGCGCCGCAUCAAUGUCGCCUUCACUCGCGCCAAGACCAAGCUUCUCGUCGUCGGAAGCAAGAACACGUUGAAGGGUAGUGGGAAGGAAGAAAUGCUGAGCAAGUUCAUCAGCCUGAUGGAAGAGAGGGAUUGGAUUUAUGACUUGCCCACUGACGCCCUGGAGAAUCACUAUUUCGACGAAGCUGCUACACAGCUCACAGCAAGUGGGGUUUCCCCGAUGAAGACGAAGAACCCAAGUCCAAAGAAAGGACUACAACCAAGAAAGGUUUCGAAGCUGGGCCUCGGUAUCGAUAAGGAGAAUCGACGACCUGAGCCCAAGAGGGCCAGAAUUGGAGAGAAGGUGCUGAUGAAGGACAAAGUCAUUCUCAGGGACAUCCUUAACGACAUGACAAACGGUGGUUAUUGA